GUCUCCGGAUGGAAACACCGAGGUGUGUUGCAUGUGCUGCGAGCUCACCCGACCUGUAGCAAACGUGAGGGUGCGGGUAAAUGUUAAGGAAUCAGCUGGUAAAGAUGCGUCCUGGAUGAAAACGUGUCAUCCUACCUUGUCUGUGCGUACUGCAACCUCUCGGUCAAAGCCUCGCCAGAGUUGAUGACACCGAAGUAGCCUUGCUUAUCGUGAACGCAGCUACAUGCAGCCGAGAAAUCAUGACAGAAUCGGAGUUGGUCGCUGCAGUGGACGCCAGCACCAGCAAGUCUCUGCGGCUUCGGCUUCAAGACAGCCGCAGGAGUUGGUUCACACUGGCAAUGUGCAUGGUUAUGGCCCACACUGCAACCAUAGGAAACCGUUCACAAGGCGCCAUGUACGUCGGCAUACGGGAACACUUCGGGGCCAGCCACGGAGAGGCAUCGUUGCCGCCUUCGCUGCAGUCUUCCCUGUGCCUGGUUGGAGGAAUUUUCACGGGAUUCCUGUGUGAGGUGAUUCCAAUGCGGUACAUGUCUCUGGGCAGCUCCCUCCUCUUGUCCCUGGCACUCAUGGUGUGCUACUUCGGCCUCACGGUGUCCUUCAUCUCAUUCUUCUUCGGGGUAGUGCAUGGGCUGGCAGCCAAUGGUAUGUUCGUCGUCACGUCUGUGGUGGUGGGCGAGUACUUCGUUCGCUGGAGGGCCACGGCGUACGCCUUGUCUGCUGCAGCCAAAAGUUCGCACUUCCUGACUCCAUUCGCGGCGAACCACAUUCGCGUGCACUACGGCACGCCCGAGAUAUUCCUGCUGUUGGGUGCCCUGUCACUGAACGGAUUCGUGGCUGCUCUGCUCGUGAGGACACCGCCAUGGAGACUGCAUCUUAAAAGCAAGGACGCCGGGCUCGCUCGACUCAAAUCUGGGGCAAGCAAGGAACAUAGCUCAACAAGCGUUAAAGAUGAGAAUACAGAUGCCACACUACAGGGAGUGAACAACUCUACGACAGCUGAUGUUGCAUUUACUACUGAACCUUUGCUAGAGGAGGUUCCGCUAGAUCAUGAAGAAUGUGGGUCGUACCACACUUCUAGUGGCCCCGAGAUCUCUUUUCAAGAACAUAGCGUACCUGUCACAGCCGCGAACUCGUGUAAGGUAUCAAACACGUAUUCCAAGGCAAAAAGCAUGGUAGAUGAACGUCCUGUUGUUAUCUUUUCUGCGUCCCCAACAUUAUGGAGCAAUAUAAUCGCAUUCUAAGGAGAUCUGCCAAUACAUUAUUGAGAAU